UGACUACGCUUAGUCUUGUUACAGCCAGCUCAACGACUGUUGCUUAAACAAUAUACCAGUGACUAGCUUGUGGUGAACUUAAAAUUUUGAAGUUUAUUUCAGAUCCGGUAGUAUUCUGGGGCAAGGUGUUUUAUACCUGUUGUAACCCAGUCACAGGGUUGUUUCUUUUUUUUUUUUUAAAUGCAUUCUUUGUUGUUCCGAAAUGCCUCUCAACGGCAAAUCGUUCAAAUAACCCAGAAACCCCAUCUACUUAGUGCCGCCGCAUGGAAAGUCGGAUUACCGAAAAACUUUGCAACUGUUGAAGAUGUUUUCCCAAAUAAGCCGGAUUUCGCCACCAGACACAUUGGUCCCCGUAAAACGGAUGUCGUUACUAUGCUGAACUCAAUCGGAUUCAAGUCAUUGGAUGAAUUGUCGGAAAAGGUGAUACCCGAAGCCAUCAAGUUCAAGCGAAUUCUGAACAUCGAAGACCCAUUGAACGAACAUGAACUCAUCGAUAGGAUUCGGGCAAUUGCGAUGAAGAACGAUGUCUGGCGUUCGUACAUUGGAAUGGGUUAUUACAACUGUUUAGUGCCUCAUCCCAUUCUAAGGAACAUAUUUGAAAAUCCGGGAUGGACAACACAGUACACUCCCUAUCAACCGGAGAUAAGCCAAGGUCGCCUGGAGUCUCUGCUGAACUUUCAAACGCUGGUAACGGAACUCACCGGGCUAGAAAUUGCAAACGCUUCGUUGCUGGACGAGGGUACAGCAGCAGCUGAAGCGCUUAGUCUUUGCUAUCGCUAUAACAAGCGAAAGAAGGUUUUUAUUUCGAAGAAACUGCAUCCCCAAACAGUUGCCUGUGUUCGUACACGUCUAGAAGCUUUGGGCGUGGAGGUUUUGGUAGGUUCCGUGCGGAAAAUUGAUUUUGCUGAACAUGAAAUCUCUGGAAUUCUACUGCAAUACCCCGACACAUUUGGAGAUGUACAAGACUUUGAACAGGUGUCGGCCGAUUGUAAGAAGAAUGGAACUUUAGUUGCUGUAGCAACUGAUCUUCUAGCGCUGACCAUUUUGCGACCACCGGCAGAAUUUGGUGCCGAUAUUGCUCUAGGUUCGGCACAGAGAUUGGGCGUACCUUUAGGUUACGGUGGACCACAUGCAGCAUUUUUUGCCUGCCGACAAAAGUUAACCCGUUUGAUUCCUGGUAGAAUGAUCGGUGUAACUAGGGAUAUGGAUGGACAAGAUGCCUACAGAUUGGCUCUCCAAACCAGGGAGCAGCACAUACGCAGAGAUAAAGCGACCAGCAAUAUUUGCACUGCUCAAGCUCUUUUAGCUAAUAUGGCUGCCAUGUAUGCAAUUUAUCAUGGACCCGAAGGUUUGAAGGCUAUAUCCAAUCGUAUCCAUAACUGCGCACUGACUCUGAACUCUGGUCUUAGAAAAGCGGGUCAUGAACAGUUAAACAAAGUAUUUUUCGAUACCUUACAUGUGAUCCCGCAUAACAUGAGUGUUACUGAAAUAAAAGCGCGCGCCGAGGCAAAAAAGAUCAAUCUACGCUAUUUCGAGGAUGGUUCUAUUGGCAUAUCUAUGGACGAGACAGUGAAAACAUCGGAUAUUGAGGAUCUACUGUGGGUUUUCAACUGUCCGGACAUUGAAACUACCAUAUCCGAUUUGUCUGUAAUGGAUACCUCUAUUCACAAGACCCAAUUCAAACGCACUUCUCCCUUUCUAACUCAUCCGAUAUUCAACAAACAUCACAGCGAAUCACUGAUGAUCCGAUACAUGAAACGCUUGGAAAACAAAGAUAUAUCGUUGGUACAUUCAAUGAUCCCACUCGGUUCUUGUACGAUGAAGCUGAAUUCAACGACGGAAAUGAUUCCGUGUUCAUUCCGACACUUUACUGAAAUACAUCCAUUCGCUCCGAGAGAGCAAGCCAAGGGCUACAAGCAGAUGUUCGACGAACUGGAAAAGGAUCUGUGUGAAAUAACGGGCUAUGAUAAAAUAUCUUUCCAACCCAAUAGUGGUGCUCAAGGAGAAUACGCUGGGCUGCGAGCCAUUCGUAGUUAUCACGAAUCACGCGGGGAUAUCAAAAGAAACAUUUGUUUGAUCCCGAUCAGUGCUCAUGGCACUAAUCCGGCAUCGGCUCAAAUGGCUGGCAUGAGAGUGGAAGCGAUCAGAGUGAACAACAGUAACGGCAUCAUUGAUGUGGCCCAUUUAAAAGAGAAACUCGAGCAGCACGCCGAAAACCUAUCAUGUCUCAUGCUUACUUACCCUUCCACAAACGGCAUAUUUGAAGAUAACGUCGUCGAUGUUUGCGACGCGGUGCAUAAAUACGGUGGCCAGGUGUAUCUGGAUGGGGCCAACAUGAACGCACAGGUCGGUCUUUGCCGUCCGGGAGAUUUUGGAAGUGAUGUCUCGCACUUGAAUUUGCAUAAAACAUUUUGCAUACCGCACGGAGGUGGAGGUCCCGGAAUGGGUCCCAUUGGAGUCAAAUCACACUUGGCUGAAUUUUUACCAACUCAUCCUGUUAUUGAUCCAUACGAAGGAAGUCCAAAUAACAGCUUUGGAGUUGUGAGUGCAGGACCAUUCGGCAGCUCCUCAAUUCUACCUAUUUCGUGGGCAUAUAUAAAACUCAUGGGAGGUCGAGGAUUACGUAGAGCUACACAGGUAGCCAUUUUAAAUGCAAACUACAUGUCCAAGCGCCUGGAAAAUCAUUACAAGACACUAUACACUGAUCCAAUUACGAACUUGGUUGCUCACGAGUUCAUCAUUGACGUAAGAGACUUCAAGAAAACUGCCAACAUCGAGGCAGUUGACAUUGCCAAACGUCUGAUGGAUUACGGCUUCCAUGCACCCACCAUGUCCUGGCCUGUUUCCGGAACAUUAAUGGUGGAACCUACUGAAUCGGAAGACAAGGAAGAGUUGGAUCGCUUUUGUGACGCCAUGAUUUCGAUUCGACAGGAAAUCCAGAACAUUCAGGACGGCCAGCUAGACAUCCGGGUGAAUCCUCUCAAAAUGGCUCCCCACACACAGAAGCAAACCAUUUCCUCGGAGUGGAACCGCCCCUAUCCGAGAGAACUUGGAGCUUUCCCUGCGACAUUUGUGAAGCCUGAAUCUAAAAUUUGGCCCACAGUUGGACGAAUUGAUGAUCUGUACGGUGACAAGCAUUUGGUAUGCACUUGCCCUCCGAUGGUUCCCGACUAUGAAACUAACUAAUCUUGAUGUUUUCUGUAAAGUUCAACUUAAAUAUCAAUAUAUAAACGAACAAAGUUUAAAAAGUUGCAUUCUUCAUUCGGCGUUUAUUUCCAGGGCGAUAUUUGUUAAAACAAGAAGGUAAUUUCUUUUGACCCCCAUCAAUAUGAUGCUAUUGGAAGAUUGGCGAUUCAUCAUUUUUUUGUCAGUCGCAUCAUUAUGCAUUACGCUCUAAUGGAACGACCAAAAAGUGCUGAAAUAAAAAACGUUCAGGGUAUUUUAAUUCUAAUGAUGAUUUCAAAUAUUCAUUUAUUUUUUUUUUCAUCUUUAAGUUAAUAUUUUACAUUAUUAAAAAAAUUGGCUAGUUUUGCUACCGCAAAAAUGCUCGGGCCUUCCCUUUCACAUGAUGCAUUGAGUUUUGUACAGUCUGUCAACCUUCUCAAGUA